AUGGACCUUGGUUUUUUCUCCGUUCUGACGCUGGCUAAACACUGUCCUCUUGGUUUUUGUGAGUCUAACCGGAUCCUCUGCGGAGCUACUCAAUGAUGUGGAAUUGGCCUCCUGCGACUCGGAUACCAAGCUUUGGGACUUCCAUCGGUGAUUACUUGCAAUACGGUUUUGAGGCAGCGUGUGAGAUGUGACGCUGAAGAAAUGCGCGGAUUGGCGGCGCACUCAGAAAUGUUUUUUGCCACCGAAGAGGUUUACAACAAGCGGCAUUCUACUGUUCCUCCACUCUCUGAUGAUUAUAUUGUCCAGUCUGCGUCCUCAGGAUUGAUUCCUUCGACUGCACCUAAGGCUCAACAUUCCUCUCUUGCUGAUUCUGUCGACAAUGGACCUAAUUGCUCAAAGGCUCCCUUCGUAGAAAAUCAGACUUCAGCAGGGCCCACCUCUUUAUGUUUUGAAGAGGUCACAUCUAUCAGUCGGGAUAAGGAGGGCGUGUUGGAGGAGGAUAAUUACGAAACGACGUUCACUGGACCUUCAGCCCACAACACGCUUUCGCGACAGGAGAGCCCUAAUUUGACUGAACGUACUAGCGCUAGAAUCGUUGAUUGCAGAUUACUCGACAAUGUUGCCAACGGCAGUGAUUAUGCGCCUCAACCUGGCCCCCUAAUGACCUGCAAUCUGGCCCAAAAAGAUCGAGAGAACGAUAGUCCGGUUGUUGUGGCAGCAACCGUAUUUGGUUCCAAGCUUUUACCGGGUGAUUCAGUUGCUCCAGGGGCGGCCAGCAUUAAUCUUAACCCGGUGCUUAAUGCUAAUGCUUUGGAUAUCGUCAUUGCUGGCGAAACUUUCAUCUGCAUUCCCGGCCGUGUCCCUUGGAGUUCUCAUUGGUGUUGCCUUCGCCGCUCUCUUCUGGAAAUAUUUCGCUCCUCCCAUCGUCCUGAUGACAUUUCAUCUCCUACCUCAAAUGGACAACCGGUCGCUUCCGUUGCUCCACUCUUCAGUCUCUCCUUGGAGCCGGGGCUUGUUGAGCUGGGGCUGGCAGGCGACAAACGACGUCGAUCCGCCCUUCGCCUCGCGGCUCCAACGAUUUCGCCGGGUGCCUUGCUUCACUUCCACGUUACUGAUAAGCUGUUGAUGGGUGCUUGGAUCCGUGGCUUUAUACAAGCCCUUGGUAUCAUUCCUUUCGCUUGUGUUGACCAACCGGCUCCAACUGGGCCGACUAAAGCUCUGGCAGCAGCGCCUUCGCCAGGACUAUCUUCCGGACCUCAUAAUCACCCAAACCUGAUGCAUGGGCCAACAGUCUCUUCAGCUGCCACUAGUAGAAGACAGUUGCCACAACUUCCGGUGGAGCAGGUGGAUUCCUCCGAUUGUCAGCUGCUGCGGCAGAACGCUAGUAUAUCUGAUCUAAAUAUAACAAGGCCUUCCUAUCCAGAAUCUAUGCAUACUUUCCAGAACCCUGGCUUUGGCCGAAAGACUGAGCGUGCUUUCUCUCUAUCAAACUGUUCUGAGGCACCAACCCCUUCCCUGUCUUCGUUGUCUGGCCGAAGCAGCAACUCAGACCAUGUCUACGAUGAAGUCUGUCCUCCAAAUACACGUCCGCCUUCCAAGGCACCUACAGGAACAAAUGCUCUUUCUACAAAGACCGGUUUGUCACUGACCCAGGCAUCCAGUCCUCUGCAAUGGCCAGAUCGUCCUGACACAAAGCGACGCUGGAGCUUGGCCUCUUCAUCGCAUCUGCCACAUCCUCCUCUGUUAUCUCCUCCAAGCAUCUACGACUCUACUGGUGCUUUCCUUGAAUCACGUUCCUCAACUUUCCUCCCGCAGCCCAGCCAGCGAUUGUUUGCCCAGCCAUUGCCUCCUCUGCCUCAGUCCGCUGCUCCGAGUCGCAACGAGUCAUUUGCCAGUCGAAGCACGAGACGUGACAGCUGUGGACCUGUGGGUUCCACAACUGCGUCCCAGUGUCAACCAACUGACAGAAUCUCGAAUCAGCAGCAUAAUCAGUCUCAUCCGGCGGACCAGAUGGAAGAAUCUUUGUACAGUAUAGUGAAGGAACAUGACGAAGACGAAAUAGCAUAUAUCGACUCCCUUGGCAGCGACAAAGUUGAAUUAACUUCUGAGGCUCCUAACUCGAACUCAUCAAAACUCGAAAACCAUACGCCUUCUGGUCUCCGACGUUGCUACUCACUUUUCGAGAUCCAGGGAAUUACUCUUGGUGAUACGCUUCGCCCAAUCGACAACCUACUUCAUUCUUCGUGUCACUUGCCUUCUAUGACUAUGAAUUUGCCCAUCUUCUCUCAAUCAGGCGUAUCUACUCUUCUAGAAGCUUACCGCUUACCUCCAGACAGCCCUGCUCUUCUCUCCACUAAGAAACCCAAUCCCGCAACCCCUAUUCAAGUGGAGCCACGAUUAUCGCCAAAUACAGAGGGGCAACUAUGCAAUCUGAAUCCUGAAACCGAGACUGAUAAUUCGGCAGCCGGAGAGAUGGAGGGUAUUGGGGUCGCAACCUGGGGCCAGAGUGCAUGCUCAGCCUCUUCAGGCUGUUAUUGCUGUGGCUGCUGUUGCAGCUGC